CGUUAAAUGGCAGGUGUGGCACUGACUCCACCCAAUAAAUAGAAGUGGAUUGAGGUCAAAAUAUCUAUUGGUCUAGGAUACUUGUUUUCUGUUUCGAAAUAUGAUCUCGGAAAAAAUAGUUGCUGCAAUUAUGAUUGUGUUUUCUUCAUGCGGGUUUUUCACAAAUUGGGCGAUCGUAAUAUUAAUGAUAAAGGUUACAAAAUUGCAAAAACCAUUUGCUAUUUUAACUGUUGGUUUGGCAAUUGCCGAUGGAGUAUUUUCAACUUUAUACUUGUUUUACGCAACUCCUAUGGUGUUUUUCCAAAACGAAUUCCUGGACUAUUGGUCCCAUCUAUGUGGGUACUUUUUGAUGAUAUGCUAUGAUGCUUCGACAUAUUUUCAUUUUAUAAUAUCAUUAAACAGAUUUCUAGCAGUAUUUACUCCAGUUCUUUAUCAUAAAAUGUUCAGUAUAACAUUUACCAAACUAAUUGUUAUGGCUACCUACUUACUUUCGUUUAUACUUAUCACUUUGUUCUUUCAAAUUUUGGGCUGCCAGAAUUACUACAACGCAGAAUACCGAGCAUUUCAAUAUUCCGGUGGGGCAAUUUGUAGUUUGUAUGGAACUUAUGGGGAUUUUUAUCAAGUUUUCACUCUAACCAUUACCAGCACACUUUUGGAUUUCACUGCAAUUGGGAAAGUGGUGAAAAUGCGGUCGAAAUCCGACAAAAACUCGAAAGAGUUGAGUUUAUUAAAGCAGUCCCUCAGCCAAACUUUAUUUGUUCUUGUCAUUGUUUGCUGUUUCACAUGGGGACCACGACUUAUCCCAGAAAAGCAAUUCACAUUUAUAUUCUCUUCAAUUUUAUGGUCAUCAGUUCAUUGUUUCGAUGGAAUAUUCACACUGAUCUUCAAUUCGGAAAUUCGCAGAAAAAUUAGUUCAACGCGGCCCACAGUCAUGGUCGUGAGCGCUGUGAGGUCAAAAGCCACUACAAUUAAUUCACUUCGUUAAUUGUGUUAUUUUAAGCUAAUAUUUAAUUAUUCUUUUUUGACAAUUUGCUUGUUGAUUGCUUGAAAAAUAACAAUAUUUAUUUCCAGAACAGCACGGGUUUUCUUUCAAACUUCACUAUUUGUAUAUUUUUAAAAUAAAAUUGAUACGAACA